UCAUGGCAGCUCGGACCUGUCAGAGGGCUCUGGCCAGGGUGGCGUCGGGGUGCCGUCCGAAGUCGACCAACGUGGCGGAAGCCCCGGCGCGGGGACCUGCGCGCAAUGUCAGACACUUGGCUUCCUGUGGUAUACUGAUGAACAGAGCGCUUCCACCGCAUGCCUCAGCUCGGCCUAAAGAGAUCCACGCAAGAACAUUCUUCAAGAUGACUGUGCCACUAGUAAAUAAACGGAAAGAGUAUUCAGAGAGAAGGAUUAUCGGAUACUCAAUGCAAGAAAUGUAUGAUGUGGUAGCAGGAAUGGAAGAUUAUAAGCAUUUCGUCCCUUGGUGUAAAAAAUCAGACAUACUAUCUAGGAGAGCUGGGUAUUGUAAAACUCAAUUAGAAAUUGGGUUUCCACCUGUUUUGGAGCGAUACACAUCAAUCAUAACCUUGGUCAAACCACACUUAGUAAAGGCAUCUUGUACCGAUGGGAAACUUUUCAAUCAUUUGGAGACGAUUUGGCGUUUUAGCCCAGGUCUUCCUGGCUAUCCGAGAACUUGUACCUUGGAUUUUUCAAUUUCUUUUGAAUUCCGCUCACUUCUGCAUUCCCAGCUUGCUACAUUGUUCUUUGAUGAAGUUGUGAAACAAAUGGUAGCCGCUUUUGAAAGAAGAGCGUGUAAAUUGUACGGUCCAGAAACAAGUAUACCUCGGGAGUUGAUGCUUCAUGAAAUCCACCAUACCUAAAAUGAAAUACGAACCGGCACCACCUCCUUUGACUCGUUUGUUCUGUUUAGGAAGUCCCUUUACUGUCUGUUCCGAAGUCAGAAAGCAUUUGUUAAACCUGCCUGGAUCUUAAGCCUGUUCCACUGAAAAUUUGUACAUUGAAUACGGACCCACCUGUACAUAGAAAAGUGCAACUCAAAGUAAUGUGUACAUUUGCAGGUUCUGCCUUUGUAUUAAUGGUGCCAUCACUGUUGCUAGGAUAUCACAUCCCUCACUUGA